AUGGCCCUGGACAUUGAUGACCCUAAGAGUGGUUUCCGCCACUGUGAAGUGGUUCUGUUCAUCAAUGAAGAGGUGACCAAGAACGGCGGUGGCCCCGGCUUCUACCUGACCUUCCGUUCACGACCCUGGAAGGAUAUAGAAGAUGGCCUGAAGUCUGUAGUGGUUGAUACCCAAGUACCGCGUUCCAUCAAGAGAGCCUGUGCCUGGAGUGCUCUGGCCCUGGGAGUGAGGGUCGCUGUGAGGCAACGAGAAAAGCAGUUACGACGUGUUCAGCAGCUGCACGACCAGGUCGAAGAGCACGAGGCAGCCACCUGGACUUUGGCCACAGACCUGCAACGGCUGCGCGAGGAACGUGAUGAAGUGGUCUCUGAGCUUCGCAGUGCAAAAGACAACCUGAAGCAAGUGAUUCUCGAGCGUGAUAUGUUGCAGAGGAGACUCGUUGAGUUCGAGCUGUCACAGCGACUCCUUGCCCACUCACGAGAUGCCGAUUAUCCAGGAACUCCACCAAGGGCUCUAAUUAUCAAAGAAAAUAGAGAGGCUCUUGACACAGGCUUUCAGGAUGAGCAGCGUGCAGUGUCCCCGAAGAAAGCACAGAUGGCAUCCCUAACAGAUACUUUGCAUGGGGCUGAAGAAUUCCCAGCUUCCAGUGUGUGA